ACAGCCAGUUUGAGAUUGGGCCUUUCUAUGGGCUUCCCACGAAGGUGCACAGCCUUCUGCAACAACAGCGUGGCAUUAAAGAGCUCUACGCCUGGCAGCACGACUGCUUGUCCCUGGACUCCGUGAGACGAGGGAAGAAUCUGAUUUACUCUUUACCGACAAGUGGCGGCAAGACGCUCGUGGCAGAGAUCCUCAUGCUGAGGCAGCUGCUCUGCAAGAGAACGGACGCUCUGCUCAUUCUUCCCUACGUUGCCAUCGUCCAGGAGAAGCUUGAAAUCUUCAUAGAGGAAUACGCGGGAAGCAAGGGGCGCAUGCCACCGCGAAAACACCGAAAGAAGAAUUCUCUCUACAUCGCCACCAUUGAGAAAGCCCACAGCCUGGUCAACGCCCUUCUAGAGGAGGGGCGCAUGAAGGAGAUUGGCCUGAUCGUUGUGGAUGAGGAUGCCAAUUAUUCUCUGUAA